GAAGCAAAAUGAGGCAGUGACAUUCAUGGCUUGCUCGAGCGCAAUAUGCUUGAGUCAACUUGGCCUGGCAUAGUCCAAACAGUGCAGGAGGUAGACCCAGCCAUAGUAGUCUAUCUGACCAAACAUUUCAAAAGCCCAGCAGCUUACGCUGAGGUGCGGAAUCUGGUUCAGUCUAAUGCUAGCCAGGUAGUUAAUACUCUAGAGGCUCUAUGAUUUUUGAUUGGGGAUUCCUUCUGAGGUGGACAGAGACAAGAGCUGAAG